UUCCAGCGAGUCACAGCCUGUUUGCUGAAUGCAGCCUUCUUUGGUGCCCUCGGCUCAUCUUUCCUCUACGGCUACAACCUCUCCGUGGUCAACGCUCCUGCUCUGUUCAUCAAAGAUUUCUACAACCGGACGUGGAUCGAUAGAUAUGGAGAACACAUAGAAGCUGGCGAAGCUACAUUCCUGUGGUCCAUUACAGUGUCCAUUUUUGCUAUCGGAGGGCUACUAGGAACCUGGUCUGCCUCGAUACUCCUGGGAGUCCUGGGAAGGAAGGGAACUCUGCUGGUGAAUAAUGUCUUUGCUGUGAUCGCUGCACUCCUGCUGUCUUUGGGGGAAAUAGCAAAGUCUUUUGAAAUGCUCAUCAUAGGUCGUCUCAUCAUUGGCCUAGACUCAGGUAUUGCUCUCACCGCCCUACCCAUGUAUCUCGGAGAAAUUUCUCCAAGACAUAUUAGAGGUUCCAUUGGCCAGUUCAACGCCAUCCUGAUCUGCUUGGGUGUCUUCAGUGGACAGGUCUUGGGGUUACCACAGGUGCUGGGGCAGGAGUCGAGGUGGAACUUUCUGUUCUCCUUUCUGGCACUUCCAGCGUUGCUGCAGCUGUGUGUGCUUCCUUGCCUGCCUGAAAGUCCUCGUUACCUGCUGAUAGAGAGAAGGGAUGAGGCUGGAGCAGAGAGAGCCUUUCAGAGGUUUCUGGGGAAAAAGGAUGUGUCCCAGGAGCUUGAAGAGGUCCGACAGGAGGCUCAGGCCCAGGACAGCCAAAACACUGUCACUGUGUUAGAGCUGCUGAGGACUCGCGCCGUGCGCUGGCAGCUCAUCACUACCAUUGUCACCAUGGCCUGCUAUCAGCUCUGCGGGCUUAACGCUAUCUGGUAUUACACCAGCGGGAUCUUAAGGGCAGCCGGCUUUGCUGAAGACAUCCUGCCGUACUUCACACUGAGCACAGGCGCUGUAGAAACAUUGGCUGCCAUUGUCUCGGGUUUAGUGAUAGAACGAUUGGGCAGAAAGCCCCUCCUCAUAUUUGGCUUCUGUGCCAUGGCUGUGUUCUUCAGUCUACUCACAGUCUUCCUCCAUUUCCAGGACAGUGCUUCUUGGUUUCCAUACCUCAGCUACGCCUGUAUAUUGGCAGUGAUCGCAUCCUUUUGCUCUGGUCCAGGUGGGAUUCCCUUCAUCCUGACAGGGGAGCUGUUUGAACAGGCCUAUCGCCCCGCUGCCUUCAUGAUCGCCGGCACUGUAAACUGGUUGUCUAACUUUGCAGUGGGCCUGCUGUUCCCAUUCAUUCAAGAGACACUGGAGUCCUUUGCCUUCCUUGUUUUCGUGGUUUUCUGUAUUCUGGGAUCUAUUUACCUCUUCAUUGUCCUGCCUGAAACCAAAAAUAAAACAUUCAUGGACAUCUGCCAGAGCUUUGCCAAGAUCAACAAAAUACCUCCGUCCCAGGGCCAUGAAUUCGAGAUGAAUCUGUGCAUUACAGCAAACAACAACAUAAAAGACCAGAACAUCAAGAUGGAGAGUUUCUUGUAAACGGGUUAAGUAACUGAGUGAGGAGUUUGACAGUAUUUGUAGUACAUAGUUACUGUACUUGUGUUGAAAGAAAAAGAUCCAAAUGUAGGUUGUUUAAGUAUGUUUACUGUACAUAUUUUAUAACACUAGAGUAGUUUUUCUGGAAUUGUACAUCCAUGAAGUGAAAAAUGUAAUUAAUGUAAAAAAACAAAAACAAAACAACAAACAAACCGUGAAGUCAUCAAGUAUUGUUUGGCCAACUUAGCGCAGAUGUUUUUGUUUUGUAAAUUUUUCUGGGCUAAUAAUUAAUUUAUUUUGUCCUCAUUCUAGUUUGUCUAAAAUGUAAAAGAAAUUGAAAUAAUAAAAUUGAAAAACAAAUUUA